AGAUAAUAAUAGUAAAUAGUACCUAUUAGUUGUGCUAGACUGAUUUGACGAUGACGGCUGUACAUGUACAUGUAGUGAGGGGAAUGACUAAAGCAGUUUUUACCAACACAGCUUUCAACAAUACAAUAUUCAACAACACAAUGUUCAAUAACAACACAAUGCUUAACACCAACACAUCAUUCAACAACACAAAAUUAGAUGUAGUAAUUGAUCCUACAACAGUCAUAUUAAAGAGGCUGACGAGUUCUCUUUUGAUUGUUCUUCUUGCAAUCAUUAUGAUGUCGCUUGGUUGUACUAUUGAAGUAGACAAACUGAUCCAACAGAUCAAAAGACCACUUCCAGCUAUAAUCGGAAUGGCAUUACAGUUUAUAGUAUACCCGUUAGUGGUUUUCGGCUUGGUGCAUGCAUUUCAGCUUGAUCAUUACAAUGCUCUAGGUAUGCUCCUACUCGGUACCUGUCCAGGAGGAAGUUUGUCGAAUCUGAUAACAUACUGGUGUUCCGGAGACGUUGUUUUAAGCGUUUGUAUGACGUCACUGGCGACCACACUUGCUAUAGGUAUGAUGCCGUUGAAUCUAUAUAUAUACUAUAGCAGUUUCUCGUCUCAGUAUCUGACGAUUCCCUAUGUAAAAAUAGCCACUGGUCUGAUCCUUAUAUUGAUACCAGUAUCUGUUGGAAUGCUUAUCCUCAGAAAAUUGCCGAAAGUUGCAGCAAUUGUUGUAAAUUUUGGAGGGGGCAUAGGAUUCCUCUUUAUCCUACUUGUUACUGGUAUCAACUUUUAUCUCUACCCACAGAUGUUUGACGUAGGAUGGAAGUUAUGGUGCGCAGCCUCACUGAUGCCUAUAUUUGGUCUAAUGAUCGGGUACCUAGGGGCAUGGGCAUGUUGUUUUACUCGCAAUCAAUGUCGAACAGUUGCUAUUGAAGUUUCAUCACAGAACGUUGCUCUGUGUUUGACAUUGAUUUUCGUGUCAUUUAAACUCGAGGAAUCCACAAAAAUUGCUAUGUUUCCUUUAAUAUUUGGAAUUUUUAAUGUCACAAUACUUGUGAUCUUUACAAUUAUUUGUAGAAUAGCAUUUAAACUUUCGAAGAAAAAAGACCCCAGUGAGAAGCAGGAAAAUGUAAACGAUAGCAAGUUAUGAUAUCGCUAUAGUUGUCAAUUCAGAUCUUUAUUUCUAACUUUAUUUAUAUUGUUGAUGUUCA